CACACGGUCGAUCUUGCCCCCCUGAGAUUUUUCCCGGGAUAUACCAACGUUUUGGACGGCGGCUGCCAACAGAACUCGUCUUGUAUUCUCGCAAAUUAUGUGAUGGAAACUUUAAUAUGCGCUAGGCCCAAAAAAUUCCAAUGGAUGAACGAUUGAUUCUAGUGGUCUGUCUUUUAUUUCUACCACCAGCAUUGGCAAAAGAAUGCACAUAUAAUGCAACGUUUAUCAAAAAAGAGAAGGAAUUAUUCAACAGGUCAAAUUAUGAAACAGUUUGUCUGGACCAAGAAACAGACUAUGGAGGAGAAUUGACAAAAUGCAAUGGCCACUUCAUAAACCCGAAAUGUGUGUGCGCUUACGAAAUGUACACACUGGGAGUUGUUGAUAUAUGUCAGAUUUCUGCUCCAAAUGAAAACGGAAGUUUGGACCACACCGAUGUUUCAUUUUGCAUAAGGUACAGUUACUCACAUGCUGGGCCGUGUCAAAAUGGUGGAGAAUUAGUUAAGUCAAAGGAUUUAGCUAUUGAUGCCAAAUGUCGCUGCAAAGAAGGUUUCUAUGGAGAGUUCUGCGACACUGUUAGCAGGCCAAUCGUUUGCACUGAAAGAAAUCAGGGGUCUUUGAAAGUACCGGAUUGUGCAGAGAAAUUUAUAGCAUACCCUGGCAACUCCAGCUGCUCUUUGACAAUCGGUCCCCGGCAUUUUAUAUGUGACACUCAGAAAACCGUUACAGACGGGACGCUUGACUGCAGUAGCCCUGAUUAUAAUCGUGCAUCCAAUAUGCAAGGGGAUAAUAAUGAAGCUAAUGGAAAAAGUCCCCUCUCUGGGAGUCCCAUGCUUUUGGUGUGUUUGGUUGUUCUGCUACUUACAUGUAGACUAGAUUAUGGUGACGUGUUCUCAGAACUGAAAGUGUGACGUCAGUGAGAGACAAAUAAAAUGAUACGGGUGAUUGGGUGUGGGCAUUUAGAGAAAGGCGGCAGUGGAUGGAACUCUGAAAGGAAGGGUGUGUUUUUGUGGAAAGGCGCGUGUGUUUUGGUGAAAGUUCUGCUUCGUGUUGAAAAAACAAUUUACAAUGCAAGUACUGGAAAUGGCCGAGAAUGAAUUGUGCAAAUGGCAAUUCUUGUUACAGAAUUGUUGUCUUGAAUACUGUUGAUAGUUACAGUGUUGUAUACGUACACUAUGUAACAAAGAUUUUAUUGAAAAACGUUAAAAACUAUGAUUCGCAGCAUGGAUAGAUGUUUGUACCAGGGAUGGAUUAACGGAUUGGCCAUUUAUUUUGUAUACCGACCUGAUAUGCCAACUCCCGAGAUCGGAACACAAUAUAUGAGGAACAUCGUUAUUAGCUCCAUACACAAACAUUACCAUAAACUCAAAUUGAGUAAGGAACAUCGCAUUGGUAAUUUCGACUUCGUAACAAACUGUUCGCCAUUCAUAUAAAGUGACCCGGUUUGAGUGACGAAGUUUUGUGACUGUUACCAAGCAUGUUAAUGGUAUACAAUUAUAUGCGACAUAAAGAUCAUGUAUCUGUACAUAAUAUUAAUGAUUGCAAUUUUUUUGAGUGACCAUUGAAUGUAGAUAUGCGUACGCGUGUCAUGAUGUUUAUAUGUAAAAGUGUGUGCUUUUUUUUUAACAGUUUUGAUUUUAAUGUAUACAUAGUGUAUGAUGUAUUCGUAUUCUUUUGUUUUCUUAUGGAUCAUGUCCCUUACAUGAUGGUGUAAUAAAUGUCAUGUAAUUUCACAAAGACAAGCAUACAAAAUUAUUUUGAUACAUUUUUUUCCAUUUCUUCAUAAGAUUAGGUAUAAAAAUAUCUAAAUAUUCGAGGGUUAUUGCUUGUUAAAUGUACGUGUAAAAUACUACUGGAUUAUUAUUUUUUAAAAUGUUCUAAGGAUUAAAAGGGGGGGGGGUAUUGUCAUUUUGAAUCUUCUUUGGUCUUCUUUGGUCGUCAUUCCAUGUCAUUAAUUGCUCAAAUGCCAAUAUUCAAGAACUGCUGCCACAUAGAUUUAGAACCAUUUUAAAAAGACCUUGGACUUUCAGUAGGACGUAGCUAUCUAAUUCUUGCGUCAAAACAUGUUAACAAUGACGCGGUUUCAAGCGAGAUAUGCACCGAUUGCGUAGUCUUAGCUCAAAAGCCAGACAAAUCUUGUUGAUUUCAGAGAGCCAUGGCUGAGUGGCCUACAAUGAAAUAAACAGGCCUACGUCACAUUGCAGUUUGACACCAACUACCCAAAGUCCAAGCUCUUGUUAAAAUGGUUCUAAAAACGUUUUAUUGUGGUAUUUUGAUGCUCAAUUUUAAUAGUACACGUUAUUUUUUUUUCUUUUAAUAAGUCUAAAAUAUAUCAUGUGACCAGCUCAAGAUAAUGAUUUUCACCUUUGUAUAUAGAAAGAAAAGGCUGAGUAAUAACAUCCUGUCUAGCUAUUUGUACAAAAAUGGCUGAGCUUGUUUGCUAAGGAAUUGCUUUUUAUUUGCUAUUUAUUAACUUUUCCAAUUCCAUAGUCUUAGCAAAUUGUUAAUUUUUGGGUUUAAAGUAAUAUUUAUUAUAUGUACAUUCAUUUAAAAAAAACGAAAUUUUUUAAUGUCUACAGGAACUAGCUUUUGAUAUAUGUUCUAUGGACAAAAGUUAUUUACUACUAGUUUUCUACAUUUUAUUUUAUAAAAUUAUAUUAAUUUUUCUUAUUUCUUUUCUUGAAUUAUAGAUGUUUUUAAUUUUUUGAAUUUUAUUGACAUCUUUGUAGUUUGCAAUAUAGCUGUCUAAACAGCAAUUUAAUUCAUAUUUAAGAAUUGACAAGUUGUAUAUAUGUACAAAUCCAAAGGUUUUCCAUACCAAACUCCAGUUUAGUGCAUAGAGCCUCGAUAGAUGGGAAGCGCCUAUGAUUUUGUGUACAUGUACUUUUGCAUAACAAUGGUCACUCUCAAUCUGUAGAUUAUUAAUAUAAUAUGUGCCUCAAGCAUAAGCCCUCUUGAAAAAGUCACUAUACAUCUGUCUUGUUAAAAUCUUUAAAGUUUAAAAAUAAAAAUUUAAAAAAACUUG